ACACGACAGACACCCAGAACUGCUGCUAUUUGACGCAUGUGCCUUCGGCGACCGCUACCCCUAGUUCAUCGUUAAUCAAAACGGUUUUAAGAAUGCAGGUCCGUUCGACAUGUAGUCUCAGUCCCCCGACGCGAACAGGCUCAAAUCGUGGAGCGUGGUUCUGCAGGUUGGCUCGUAUCGUAGCAUAGUUCUACUACGCUCGCCAUUGCAUUGAGCAUAGCUCCAAUCGUGGAGCAUAGUUCUACAGCGCGAUGGCCGGACGGCUUCCCCGCCUCCUCCAGCUGCUCGUAGCCUGCCUCGCAAUACUCGUAGGCGCUCCACGGAAUUUUGCUGCCGGCAGCGCCGCGCAAGGAGCAUCAGUGGCAGACGCAGCAGCAGCAGCGGGAGCAGCACCAUCAGUAACAGCAGCAGCAGCAGCAGCAGCAGCAGGAGCAGCAACAGCGGCAGGGGGGAGCAUUCGGCGUGCGUACAUGGUGCAUCUGCUCACCGCGCCUCCCGUCCUCAACUACCACGGCGAAAUCCCGGGGCUUCCUGCGACGGCUGCUCCAGACGACGACGAGACUGCUGGCGAAACAGACGACACAGCUAGCGACGUUAGCGACGGUAACCGAGAGUUCGCGAUGGAUUCUCCUGUCGCUGGAAGAACUGACACCGCGGCGACGACAGCGGAGAGCGCAACGGCGGUGGAGAGGAGACUCCGUGGGGUGUCCAGCACGGACAAGGUGGCUGGUUCGCGAACGAAAUCAACGGCUGCGAUUCAUCGCCUCGUGGGUCGCAUGCGUCCUAGACGGCCAGAUAUUCGCGCGCCAAACGUGCGAGCUUUCGUCAGAUUUCUGCGAAAUUCGCAGCGACGGUUGUUGUCAGAUGUUCGGAUCCCCGCUUCAGCAGUGUUACACAGCUACACCUAUACGCUUAACGGAUUUGCUGUAUCGCUGACGAAAGCAGAGGCACGACGGCUGAAGCGGCACCCUGCUGUGGCUUCUGUGCAGGAGGACCGACUGGUGAAAGGCCUCACUGUGGACUCUCCAACCUUUUUGAAGCUGCCCGACAGCUUGUGGGCAGCAAAUGGUGGGCAGAACCGGGCAGGCGAGGAUGUGAUUAUAGGCGUGGUGGACUCUGGAAUCUGGCCGGAACACCCUUCAUUUGCAAACAAUCCAUCAGACCCGUACGGCCCGGUCCCUUCUAGUUGGAGGGGCGGCUGCACUGCAACGGACGACUUCCCAGCGUCAGCGUGCAACGGCAAGCUGAUCGGAGCGCAGUUCUUUGCGGAAGGGCUGCUGGCGAACCCGGGGGGCAGCAUUGCGGAAUCUGUGGAGUUCAUGUCGCCUAGGGAUGGCAACGGGCACGGCACGUGGUGCGCAGGAGCCGCUGGUGGCAACGCCAACGUGAGUGUGGCGAUGAACGGACGCAGCUAUGGGGCGGCCAGCGGCGUGGCGCCACGCGCGCGCAUCGCCAUGUACAAGGCGCUCUGGCGGACGGCGGACGGUGGAACGACCGGCAUGGGGUCGGAUAUCCGGGCAGCAGUGGAUACUGCUGUGGCUGAUGGCGUCGAUGUGCUGUCGCUGUCGCUUGGGGGGGACACUCCGGAUUACUUUGCUGAUAUUGGCUACCUGUAUGCAGCCAAGGCUGGAGUGUUCGUCGCGCUUGCAGCAGGAAACUCAGGAGCACCUUCCUCUGCUAAGGCUGUGGGGACAAUAAGCAACGCGUCGCCGUGGUACCUCACAGUGGGCGCCAGCACCAUAGGUCGGGACUACAUGGCAAAUCUCACCAUCUCUGCUGUCCCUGCCUCAAGCACUGCUACAACCAGUUCUGCUACAAGCACUGCUGCUGCCCCUGCUGCUGCCUCUGCAUCUGCUCCCAUCCCUUCGGCUGAAAGCCCUUCAGCUGAAAGCCCUUCGGCUGAAAUCCCUUCACCUUCCACCCCAGGGGAGAGAGAGAGUUUGGUGAUCCCCGGGUUGAGCUAUGGAGGUACACCCUUGACAGUUGGCCUGCCUGUGCUGGACGCCAGGGAUGCUGCUAAUAGCGGUGCUGACAAGACACUGGCCGGCCAGUGCCACGCGCCCAGCAUCAACGCCUCUCUCACCGCCGGCACUCUCCUCCUCUGCUCGCUCUCCUCUCGUCCACAAGCCGACGUUCUUGCCGACGCUACAAGGCUGCGGGCCGCUGCGGUGGUGCUGCUGGGGGCGACGGACUCCCCUAUAAGGCUUCUCUUCGUGCCCAUCCCCGCGGUCUACAUCAAGAGCACCGAUGCUGCUGCGCUGAGGAGCUUUUUAAGCCGAACCACAAGCCACCAGGCGUCCCUAUCCCAGCAUUUCACCUCCUCCUCCCCAGCACCUGCCAUCGCCUCUUUCUCCUCCACCGGGCCGCCAGUCAACCCCACCACCUCUUCCACCCUCCCCCCGUACCUCCCAACUAACGACAUCCUCAAACCUGACAUCGUAGGCCCGGGACACCUGCUCUGGGCGGCCUACCGAGGUCCCAGCGCAGGCUCGGCAGCUGCCACCGGACCUCCCGCGUUUGGGAUCAUUUCCGGAACAUCUAUGGCUACACCUCACCUCGCGGGAAUCGCAGCGCUUAUAAUGCAAAAGAAACCAAAUUGGACGCCUACGCAGAUUAUAUCUGCGAUAACGACGACUGCGAGUGUAGUGAAUAAUAAAAGGGAGGUUAUUAAGAAGGCCAGUGGGGAUGAUGCGACGUGGUGGGAUAUGGGCGCGGGGCAUGUGGAUGCUGCUAGAGUGCUGGACCCUGGACUGACAUUCAGUGCGGGGUAUGAUGACUAUGUGGGGUUUCUGGUUGGGAGGAGCAAGGAUGAGGCAACGGCCCUUCUGAAUGUUGGGAGCAGGAGGGUCAGCAAAAGGGGGAUCAGCAGCAGCAGUAGUAUCAGCAGCAGCAGCAGCAGCAGUAGUAUCAGCAGCAGCACCAGCAGCAGUGAUAUCAGCAGCAGUGGCUAUAGCAGGAAUAGCAUCUGGUCUUCGGUAUCAAGCAAACCAAAGCAAAAGAGGUGGUGGUCUUUGUGGUGGAGAUGGGAGAGAAGUGGGGCCCGCAACAAGGCAUCCAACGUCCGUUCCAUCCCAGCGACACAUCUCAACCGUCCAUCCAUCUCUGUCUCUCAUCUCCAGAAAGCAACUGACAUCCCCAGGACAGUUACCAGCGUGUACAACGCCACGUCAGCAUACAAAGCUACGGUUACAGCUCCUGCUGACGUGGCAGUUCAGGUUAUCCCGGACCAGUUUACGAUUGGCCCAGGGCAGUCAAAGCGGUUUGUGGUUCGGCUGCAGCCAAUGGGGCAGGCGGCUGAGGCUCGGGAGAGGUUUGGGUUUGGUUCGGUAAGGUGGGAGGAUCAGCAUGGGCAUGUGGUGCAGAUGCCGUUAGUCACACGGGUGAGUGCAUGAUGAUGCACGGCCACACACACACACACACACCCUUCCCCAUCUCCAGUUGCCAGCCUCACUCACACAGUCCACCACCAGAGUGUACACACCAUCUCAUACCACAGACCACCGCAGUACAACGCAGCAAAACGCAGCACAUGGCACACCAGGAUCUACAAGCAGCAGAGGGAGGGAUAGCUCCUGCAUGCACUCCAACCGCUUUGCAGCAGCCUUGAGCCAAGCCAACUCAGAAGACCACUGCAGGCUUGAUCCAUCCGCUUUAGCGGGGGCUAGCUGAAUUGUUUGCAAGUUCACGACGGCAUUAAGUAGCUUGGAGGGCUGGUUCUCACGCAACAUGCAUCAUGUGGCUUCCUGGUGUUUUUUUCCAGCUCCGUGAUCUUGGUGUGAAAUGUGCUGCAUGCAAAGAAAGAACCGUGUUCGAGUGGAUUCAAGUUAG